AUGACACCACUGCUAUGUCACAAUGAAGAAAGCUUGGCAUUGCUCCAAUUCAAGCGAAGCUUUGUCGUCAACAAAUCAGCUUCGUCUGAUGCCUCUGCUUAUCCAAAGACGAUAUCAUGGAAUCAACAAGGAGAGAAUCCAGACUGCUGCUUGUGGGAUGGUGUGGUGUGUGAUCAGUACACCGGGCGCGUCAUUAGUCUUGACCUCAGUAGCAGUUGCCUCUAUGGUUCUAUCAAUUCUAGUAGCAGCCUUUUCCAUCUACGCUACCUUCAAAGCCUCAACCUUGCUGACAAUCAUUUCAACUCCUCUCAAAUCCCUUCCGGGUUUGGCAGUUUUCAAAGGCUAGUUGAUCUUAAUCUCUCCUCCUCCAAAUUCUAUGGUAAGAUUCCAUUAGAAAUAGCAGGGUUGAGUAGAUUAAGAUCUCUUGAUUUGACAGGAGAUUGGGAUGAAUCAAAUGCAAGAAUGCUGGAGCUCACAAGUACUGACCUGACAUGGUUAGUCCAAAAUUUAACUCACAUUGAGAAACUGCAUCUUGACAAUGUAGACUUAUCUGCUACAAUCCCUGAAAAAGUUGCAAAUUUGUCUUCAUUAUCAUCUCUUAGUCUCCAUUAUUGUCGCCUGCUUGGCAUAUUUCCAAUGGGAAUUUUUGAACUACCUAACUUGCAAUUUCUCAAUGUGGGGAUGAAUGAAGAACUUGCUGGUCAUCUGCCUGAAUUUCAUUGGGGCUCUCCUCUCAAGUCUUUAAUGCUUCAAUACACAAAAUUCUCAGGUGGACUACCUCCUUCAAUAGGAAACCUUCAUUCCUUGACUACAUUGAAUAUUGCUCAAUGCAAGUUUUGGGGCCAAAUCCCAUCUUCCCUCGGUAAUCUUAGCAAUAUCACCGUCCUUAUACUUGGUGAGAAUAACUUCUUUGGCCAAAUCCCUUCUUCAUUCGCAAACCUUACACAACUUACCACUUUCUCAAUUUUAGGCAACGAUAAUUUUAGUUGUGGGCCCUUGUCCUGGCUUGAAAAGCAAACCGAAUUCACUAAGUUGGGUCUUGAGAAUUGCAAUAUAAGUGGUGAAAUCCCUCACUUUCUCAAAAACUUCACUAGACUCAAUGUUUUACAACUCACUUCUAACCGUUUAAGAGGUCAAAUUCCACAUUGGCUAACAAACCUCACUCGGUUAGUCGCCUUAGACCUUGGUUCCAAUGAAUUCCACGGCCCUUUUCCUCGUCAAAUUUCAGAACUUGCGAAUCUUGAAGAUAUUUAUUUGGGCAGAAACCACUUGAGUGGCAAUGUUAAUCUAAACCCAUUUUUCAACCUCCAACACAUGACAACCUUUCAUAUAUCAGACAAUGAUAUUACAUUGCUCCAUGUCACCAAUGCAAACGCUACUCUUCGAAAGUGGCAUCUGCUAGGACUCAGCUCGUGCAACUUGAGGGAGUUCCCUGACUUCCUUAGGUACCAAGAUAAACUUCGAGUCUUGGAGCUCAUUGGUAAUAAAAUCCAUGGCCAGAUUCCGAGCUGGUUAUGGAACAUCAAUAGAGAAACUUUGGAGGUUAUGGCACUUCGUUUCAAUUUUUUGACCGGCUUUGAGCAACCUGCAUUGGUCUCGCGACUUGGUAAUAUACGUUACCUAAUGCUAGAUGGUAACAAGAUCCAAGGUCCAGUCCCCAGACCACCACCUUCCAUUGUCCAGUAUAGCUUGUCAGACAACAGUUUGAGUGGAGAAAUUUCUUCAACCUUCUGCCAUCUACCUAACCUAUAUGUGCUUGAUUUGUCAUUCAACAACUUGAGUGGCAUGCUUCCUCAAUGUUUCUUCGACAAGAUGAACAGUCUGAACAUUUUAAAUCUUGAACAAAACUUUUUCCGUGGAACCAUUCCAGAAACAUUAACGAAUGGAAGUAUGUUGAGGAUGAUCAAUUUAGGUCAUAAUGCUUUGCAAGGAAAAUUACCGAGGUCAUUGGCUAAUCAUACAAUGUUAGAGGUUCUACAUGUUGGUGACAAUCAGAUUAGCGACACAUUCCCUUUUUGGUUGGGAGCUCUGCAUAAUUUGCAGGUCCUCAUCUUGAGAUCCAACAAACUUUUUGGCGCAGUUGGAAGUCCUGCAACAGGUUUCGAGUUCUCUAAAUUGCGGAUCAUUGACAUAUCCCACAAUGGUUUCACCGGUAUUCUACCAUCUAAGUACUUUCAAAAGUGGAAUGGCAUGAGAAAUUUUGAUGUGGAUCACUUUUCGUAUAUGACACAAAAUACGACUUUGUCGAGUUUUGGUUUCUGGGUCCAACAAAUUUACAGUUAUCAAUUAACUUUGGUUAACAAAGGUGUCAGCAUGGAUUAUAAGAAGCUGCCACAAGUCUUUGUAGCUAUUGAUCUUUCAAGCAACAAAUUUGAAGGGGAGAUCCCAGAAUCCAUUGCAACUUUGAAGAAUCUCCUUUUACUUAACCUUUCCAACAACCAUCUCUCAGGUCACAUCCCAUCGGCUAUAGAAAACCUCACAGUGCUUGAAUCGUUGGAUUUUUCGAGCAACAUGCUUUCCGGAAAGAUUCCACAUGAGCUUUCGCAUCUAACAUUCCUUUCAUUCUUGAAUGUCUCUUGUAAUCAGCUCAUUGGUCCUAUACCACAAGGGAAACAAUUUGCUACAUUUGAGAACAAUUCAUACAAGGACAACUUGGGAUUGUGUGGCUUCCCAUUGUCGAAGUUGUGCGGAAAUGCAGGGGAAUUACCUCCAUCGCCUCCGACUGACGAAGAUGAUGAAGGCUCGGGUGGUUCUUCAGCAUAUAUUUUGUGGAUGAUAGUUGCGAUUGGAUAUGCAAGUGGAGUGGUUGUUGGAGUUGUCGCCGGACUCAUAUUCACCGCAUGGAAACAUGAAUGGUUUGUGGAAACCUUUGGUAGGAGGCAACAAAAAAGGAGAAGGUUGAAAACAAGAAGGGGACAAAGAAAGUUUGGCUUUAACAAAAAUAAGUUGUUUCUUAAAAAGUUUGCCCGGCUGCAAUUGCGGGCCUGCAUCACCGGGCGUUCCAGACCUGGUGGGCUGGAUAUCCCAGCUCAGCCCGUGAGGGCUAUAAAGGUCGGGCCUAGCACGGCUUGUUGA